AUGCGCUUCUCCCUCCUCAUCCUCGCCAGCCUGGCCGCCGUCGGCCUCGCGUCGCCCAGCCCCGCAGCGUUCCCGCCGCUGUCGGACAACGUGCUGCGCGACCUGCGCUCGCGCGACCCCGCCUCGUACAGCGUCUACUCGCUGCAGAACGACACCGGCCUCGCCGCCCGCGCCGCGCCCAACGGCCUCACGGGCGUGCAGCUGCGCGGCUCGGCCAGCCGCAGCUUCGCCUACACCUUCGACGACGGCCCGUACGUGAACCAGAAGCGCAUCUCGCAGUUCUUCAGCGACAAGGGCAGCAAGACGACGUUCUUUGUCAACGGCAACAAUUACCGCUGCAUCUACGACACGGCCAGCGUGUCGAGCCUGCGCGACGCCUACGCCAAGGGCCACCAGAUCUGCAUGCACACCUGGUCGCACCCGCACCUGCCGCAGCUCAACAACCAGCAGCUCGACAACCAGGUGCAGCUGAUGGAGGACGCGCUGUACAAGAUUCUCGGCGUCGUGCCCGCCUGCAUCCGCGCGCCGUACGGCGAGAUCCGCGACGACCAGGUCAAGUACCUCAACGACCGCUGGGGCCUCGUCGUCGUCGGCUGGAACGUCGACUCGGGCGACGCCAACGGCGACGGCGUGCAGGCGGCGCUCGCCCGCUACCGCCAGCAGAAGGCGCCCAAGCACGUCAUCGCCCUCAACCACGAGACGGUGCAGUCGGCCGUCGACACGACGAUGCCGCAGGCGUACGACAUCCUGCGCAGCAACGGCUACAGCGCCGCCAACAUCAUGACGGUCGCCUCGGCGCUCAAGUUCAACCCGUACAAGGUGCAGGGCCAGCGCGGCUCGCGCGACGCCUCGUGGACGUGCGAUGGCAAGCCGCUCCCAGGCGCCAACUAA